CCGUGACGUCACUUCGCCAUUAGUGUUGAACAUCUCAGUAUAAGGAAUAUCAGGAGUAAAAUAUUACCAAUUUCGCCGAAAUCUCGAAAAACAAUGGGGCCUUUAAACGGUCAGGUAGUUCUGUUCACUGUGUUCCUAUGUUUGGAAUCAGGUUUUGCUUACAUGGAGGCUCUUGCUGCCCACGCGAGUGUGGGAAAGUUUGAGCCGAUGGUCGCCUUCAUCUGCAACAAACCUGCAAUGCAUCGGACAGUCAACGGCUGGGAGGUCGACUACAAACAGAACUGUACCGAUGAGCCUAAACAGAUCCUGGAUUAUUGCAAGACGGUAUACCCAGACCAUGAUAUUAAAAAUGCGAUAGAAGUUACAUACAAAAUAGAGAUCCCUGACUGGCCAAAAUUUGAUGGCCCCGAACCAGAGAAGACAGGCACACACAAAGUGUUUCCAUGGAAAUGCCUAGUUGAAGGUUUUGAGAGUGAGGCCCUGCUUGUACCUCAGCACUGUAUAUUUGACCAUGAGCAUGACUCCAACAUGUGCGCACGUCCCUCCAUGUGGAAGAGCCGUGCGGAGAAGGAGUGUUUGUCACGUGACAUGGUGCUCGAGAGCUCAGGCAUGCUGGUGUUGUGUGACCUUGACAGCUUCAGGGGCGUGGAAUAUGUCUGCUGUCCUAAGGAUGACAGCAAAACUGAGGAUUCUACAGAGGACUCGAAAACAGCUGACUCUGAGGCAGAAGAAAAAGAGCUGGACGACUACCUCGCUUAUCUCCAAGGUUACGACAUGGAACAGUUCAGUAACGAACAUGCCAAAUUCAAGGCUGCUGAGAAGGCCAUGCAGAAACAGCAGCAUGAGAAAGUCACAAAGAUGAUGAAGAAGUGGCAGGAUGCAAGAGAAAAUGUUGCUGAUAUGAGGAAAUCUGAUGCACAGGGAGCUGAGCAGCUCAACAAAGAAAUCACUGAGCGAUUCCAGCGUAUGUACAAGGCAUUCGAGAAGGAAGGAGAGUCGGAGAAGAAGCAGCUUGUAUCGCUCCACCAGCAACGUGUGCAGGCCAUGUUUAAUAGGAAGAAGCGCGUCUUGAUGACCUCAUACAAGGAAGAACUUGAGUCAGAAACACCCUCCUCCGCCAAGGUCCUAAGCUACCUGAAGCAGUACAUCCGUACCGAAGAGAAGGAUCGCCUGCACACAGUGAACAGAUUCGAGCAUCUCCGUGACACAGAUCAGGAGGAGGCCGCCCGUGUGCAUGACUCUCUCGUCCGACACCUGAAACUGAUUGACGAUAGGAUCACAGAUGCUGUCACCAUGUUGGACCGAAAUACCGAACUCAGAGAUAAGAUCAAACCUGAAAUCGAACAAUUCCGUCACAACAAGUUCCGCAGCCUGGACCUCACCAUUGAUGACGUUGUAAUGACGCCGAAACUUGACAGCGAGGGGGAGACCACCUCUGAACACCUGCCCAUCAUUGACAGAAUCUUGGACAGUGGUGAUGUAAGCAGCGAGGAGCACGAAUACACGAACAUCAAGAUUGACGAUGAGGGUCUAACCAUGCAGGAAACCAACCAGGAACCAGCCGUUGCUCACGCACAGAGCAACGGGGCCAGUGUACAGGGAGCACAGGCAUCAUUCAGUGAAAAGGGGAGCUCAAGUGCCAGUGCCAGCAGCGUUGUCGGUCUCGCAGUUGGCAGUGUUUCUGUUUUCAUCAUCAUUGUUGUUGCGGUUGUGAUGCUGAAAAAACGCAGCGCACGCCAGCCAAUCACCCACGGAUUUGUCGAGGUUGAUCCCGCAGCGUCACCAGAGGAGCGACAUGUCGCGAAUAUGCAGAUGAACGGCUAUGAGAAUCCAACUUACAGAUAUUUUGAAGUGGGCAGUGGGAAUUAGAACAUUAUAAGACUGUUUUAUGAGAAAUUAUGUUAUUUGCUUUCUUUGAAAUGUUGGAAAUAACUUUGAAAGUUUUUGAGGCGGAUGUGAGAAUAAAAACCCUUACUUUUGACCAAUUUAGUAUGAUUUAUUAUUAUCGGUGUUUCAAUUUUGUUGAAAGUGGUUAAGUGAAACUAUGCUACUGUUUUCUGAUGUUUAAACUUAAAAACAAGUUCUGAUGCACGGGUGUUGUAAAAUAAUCGCUUGAAAUGGCAGGCAGCCCAUGAAAGCCAUACUGAUCAAUUUUGUUUUUUUCCGCAUAUCAUCGUGAAAUCGUCACCCAGUGUGUGUAAUAUUACAUCACCAUAAUAUAUUAUAGAGACGACAAAAUCUCACAAUAGAAGUGGACACACAAAACGUUUUUGUCAUGUAGAAUCGUAAAACGCCUUGUGAACUUGUACAUUAUACACUGUGUUAUAUGUUGAUUGUGUAUCUAAUAUGUGUUGUAACCCCAAUCUUACGAAAAAUCUAGCGUCAAUAUCUAACUUGUAGAUGCAUCGAUCCAUACUACGUGCUGCCAUUCUUUCUGUCUGUAGAUAUUUGCAACUAUUCUGCUUAUUCGACAACUUGCGAUCAAAUUUUUAUGAUAUUUUCUGCCGACUGUAUUCUCUCACUAUUUUAUUGAUUGUUUGUACGCUUUAUAGCUCUAUACCUUCAUCUACAAUUGUAUAAUGCUUUAUUCUUUUAAACGAUUCAUACUCUGCUUGUUUUGCUUAAUAAGCAAAGAUAUUUUAUGUUUUAAAGGCCAGUUUAGAAUCAAGUUUAAUGGAAGAAAAUUUUAUAUUUCAUUUUUUAUUUCAAGUAGAAGUGAUCGUGAUUGUUAUCGUUACUAGGGAACAAAGCUGCUUAGAUUUGCUUAACUCUUCCGGCUAUCAAUGUUAUAGCUUCCUGUGCCAUGCUCUAGUUACCGUAGCUAUUAACCCAGACAGCGUUUCUUAGGAUGUGGCGAUAUUGUUCCAAGUUAAGAAAAAAGGUCCAAUUAUUGUCUUGUAAGGUUUAAUGUAUACAUUUUAAAAUCUCUUGUUUUCAGUUUUAAUUAAUUUUCUUCCAUUUAUGUACAUUUUCAUAUACAUUACAAUUUUAUCACCAUUGUUUUUAGUGAUACAUGUAUAUAUUUUAACUAGCAGGUCGUUUCUCCUUGACCAAUUUUUAAUCUGGUGAUUUUACCUACAAAUUAAUAAUCUCUUUUAUGAAAUCUUUUUUUAUGAUUUGAUUUUAUUCUAAACCCUGAAUAUUAUACAGCUGGUUAAAAUAUUAUUUCAAAGGAAUAAAUAAAUACUGAUGUGAUAUUUUUGCUUCACUUUUUAUUGUAUUUGAAAUUAACUGACCUGCUAUCAUUUUUAUAUGUUAAAUUGUAUGUUGGUCAUAUUUAUUUGUUAUCAAAAAUAUUUAAUUAUCCCUUAAAAUAAAGAAACACUAAAAAAAUAUUUGAAUCAAAAUAUCAAAAAAAAUAAAGAAAAAAUUAAGAAAUAUUAUAAUGAAACUGAUUCUAUUAAUAUUUCUCCUGAACAAAGCAAAUACAAUGACAUACAUACAUCAGCCAUGCUUUUCCAAUAAAAUCUUGAAGUGUACAGGAAACAGGUUAACUCUACGAUAAAGAAUUGGGUCAGCUUUUUAAGCCCGCAUUCACAUUUCGUUAGUGAAAAGACUGCAAAUAUGCUGACUGCAUUAAUUUAAUUGCUUGCUAACAAGGAAAUCCAAUCAUUAGGUUUGUUUUGUUAAGUCAAAGAAAUAAGGAUAUAAAGCCGUUUAGCCACACAAAUGCUAUUGAUUUAUUUUAUAAAGUUUAAAUCAAAGUAGCAAUUGGCAGUUGAAGAAAAGUUUGAAAUGUGCAUGGUUGUACCAGUGCUCUUAAACAUUCCAAAAAAUUUGGUACUUGUACUUCGAUAAUGCUCAUUUUAUACGGACACUUUUUACUAUUUAAAAUAUCACAUCUGCUUUUAUGACUGUUGUUUCAGGCAUGAAGUAACAAAAUAAAGGUUCUUUAUUUUACUAGUGUACUCUGGCCCCAGUUUUUUGAAAACUCUUUUUAGAUGUAUUUAUUUUUAUAACAACUGGAGUCAUUUUACUGCUUGACAAUCUUACAUGGUUUUAAAAAGUAUAUGUCUGAAUUCUGUUAAAAUUGUUUUUUCUUGUACGUUAUAUGGCCAAUUAUUUUAUUUUUUUUUGUACCAGACCAAGAAAUGUUACCAAGUUAUAAUUUAAAAAAGAUUGGUUGUACUCAAAAUGUGUGAUACAUAUUUAAUAGCAUACAGGAUUUUUGGAUAAAUGGAAAGGUGAUAUUGCGUUUAAUACACAAACAAACUGGUUUCAUAAGGAAUAUUUUGUUCUUAGUAAAAAUAAUUUUUCAUUUUUUAUGAAACUGGGGCCAGUCUCAAAUUUUAAUUUGUGAAAUUCAUAGGGCCAGUUCUAGUAAAUUUAUCAGUAUGGUUGUUAAAUAUCUCUAGAAUAGUGUUUCUUUAUGGUAGAAUUAACUUGUUGUUUGACAUUAAACAUUUAGUGUUGUGAUCAUUUUAUUGUACAAUUGUAUCUACAUCAAGGGCUUGGAUCCCUCACUUCUGUACAAGUACUUAUGUUAAGGGUCUACAGCCCUCACUUCUGUAUAGGGUCUAAAAAGCCCUCACUUCUUUGUCAGAACCAUCAAAUGUCCAUGUAUGUCUUUUUUAGAUCAAUAAACUGUACACUUCA